GCCAGCGGUAACCCCGCCCUGGUCAUGAGGAGGAAGAAGCACACAGAGAAGGAAGUCCAUGCCCAUUUAAUCAGCGUGGUGUCUGUGCGACUGAGAGAGGGCUACACAAUCAGAGAGAUCAGCCUCACUAAAGGUGGGACUCAGCUGGAGGUGAAGCUGGUGCUUUUAUGGAAACACAACAUGCAUAUCGAGUACCUGGCAGCCGCCUCCUGGCCUUUGGACCCCACCAAGAGAACCACCAGGGUGGAGGUGACCAUGGAAGGAAGCUAUGACAUCCUGCAUGACAUUAGCUGCACCCAGAGGAAACCCAUCACCAGUCCGUACCGUACCUCCGUCAUCCGACGCUUCUGGAACACACUACAGAGCAUCAACCAGACUGAUCAGAUGUUGGUGCACCUCCAGUCAUUUAAUUCCAUUCCUGAGAACUACAUGAUUCCUGAGAGCACCAAAAACGGAGUUCCUCUGUUCUACAUCCCUCCGGCUCCACUACUCCG